AUGGUUGGGCCACUCGAAAAUAUACAGGAUGAGAGUGAUCAACCGAAUCAAGAGAGACCAAGAGUGAUUCACCGAGGUCAUCACAAAUAUGAGAUCAAGGCGAGGGGCGAAGCUGCCAAAAACUAUGAUUUCAAUGCAGCCAGACCUCCUGGGAAAAGGACUACAGUGAUAGAGUCGAUUGGUCACCUGGUCAAGAGCUGUCUGGGCGGGGGUGUAGUGGCCAUCCACGAAGCAUUCAAACAAUGUGGCCUGUGGACGUCUGUCGUGCUCACAGUACUGCUCGGUAUAAGUGUCAGCUACUGCAUGUAUAUCCUGGCCCGAUCAGCUCAGAAGAUAUACGGCCGGGUACAAGUACCAGCUAUGUCUUAUCCCGAUUUGGCGGAAGCUUCCUUGGAGAUCGGACCCUUUGCGUCUUUGAAAAAGUACAGCAAAUGCUUUAGGUACGCUGUGGAUUUCAUAAUAUGCGUGGACCUGUUCGGAUCGUGCUGCGUGUACCAGAUCAUGAUCGCUCGUACCAUGAAGCAGCUGAUCGAAGGGACGGACGAGAUCGCGACCGGGGGCAGCCCGUCGCUGAGACAGCUGAUCGCAGCAUUGCUUAUACCCUGCAUCCUUCUCUGCAUGAUCACAACUUUGAAGUACCUCGCGCCAUUUUCAAUAGCAGCAGACGCUAUUAUAUUGGUCGUGGCCGGUUCGACGAUAUACUACGCCGUGAAACAUCAGACUAUGAGCCCUUUGGAGUUUCCCGCAUUCAAGAGCUGGCCCGGCCUGUUUGAGUUCAUGGGCGUGUGCGUGUUCAGCAUGGAGGGAGUGGGGGUGACUCUGGCGAUCGAGAACUCUAUGGAGGAUCCGAAAAAGAUACCCGUGGUUUUAGUUGGAGGGAUGUCAGCUGUGAUCAGUAUUGCUAUGUGCUUUGGCUUUUUCGGCUACUGGGGUUUCGGGGAGAAGUCGAAAUCGCCGGUGACCCUGAACUUCCCAUUAGAGCCCUUUCCGAUAGCGCUCAAAGUGUUCAUGGCAGGGAUGAUAUAUGUGACCUUCGCCCUCAAUUUCUGGAUCCCGUUCGAGCUGAUCUGGUACUACAUUAAGAGGCGGUACCAGGAGACUAGCUACUGGAUCUGGGAGAGGGUCUGGCGAGCAUCCAUAGUGUUCAUCAUCACCACCGUUGCUGUCAUCUUUCCAGCCGUCACAAAGUUUAUUGGACUGAUUGGUUCCUUCUGCCUAUCCAGUAUGGGCUUCAUGUUCCCGGCGUUUAUAGAACUGUGCCUGGACUGGGAGGACCCAGGUCUUGGAAUGUUCAACUGGCGACUGUGGAAAUGCGUUAUUAUAUGCGUAUUCGGCGCCAUUUUGUGUAUUGUCGGCACGUAUAUUAAUGCUAGAGAACUUUUUAAGGAAGUCUUUUAGCAAUUUUUUAUUUUAGGUUAAGUCUGAGAAAGUUCGAUCAAUAUUGUAUUAGCUAUCGAGCCAUUACCCCCGACUUAUCGUCAUGAAUAGCCUAACAGUCCAUCAGUUUGGCAACCCUAGCGGAGCGGUUAGCACUGUGGUUUUAAGUGCUAGGUAUAUUUUUUUCGGAUUGUGUGUAGCUGAUUAACCCUAAUGAUUUUAACAGUGUA